CGAACGCAAGAGCAAAGACAAAAGCAAAGAUAGGAUCUUUGGACAGAAGUUGUGAGAUCUACACGGAAAUCCAGACAGAAAAUACAUUCGAUGGCGAGAACCACAGAAUGAUGGAACGGUUGUCAUCAUCAUGGCUGAAGGUGGCGAUUGGGGAGGUGAUGCAGUGACAUCUACAUCAAGUCAACAGAAAGGUGGGAAAUUAGGCAAAGUUUUCAAAAGACUUUUGCCAGGCACCUCAUCAAAGAAAGAUGGUCAAAACACAGGAACAACGACAGAAAAACAAAGUGGGAUUGAGAGCAGAACAUCAAUGGAAUGUGAAGCUGCCGAAGAGAAAAGGGAAAAAUGUCAGUCCCGAGGGAGAGGAACAGGAGACGUGGAUCACGGCCCUGGAACUGACCCAAGUGGCGAAAUCCAUCAUGACCGAGAUCCAUCAGGCAAGGAAUCAUCGAGUCUCAUUCAAGAGACAGCAGAACGGCAGAAUAUGGUAACACCUAUCCACACCACGGCUGAAGUUGGAAACAGGACUGCGGCUCCAGUGACCUCAACAACAAGGACAGACACAGAUCUAACGCCUACAUUCUCUGAGUUCCUGACACAGUGGAACGACGACCAAUUGUUCCAGCUGACAAAAUUCUAUCGGGAGAGACUGAAGCAGGCGAUUGAAGAAGGGGUUGAAAGUCUCGGCUUCAUGAUGAGAUGGCAGGGAUAUUUCAGUGAACAGGAACACGGGGGUGUCGCUGAGCUUGUGGUAAAGGGAAACCGGAGAGACAGUUCCACACUCUUCCUCAGUCUGUUGAUGGGGAAAGGCAACCGUGCUCGGCGGGUGAUGUGGGAGUCCUUUGUGAAAAUGCAGAAUGAAUUACCAAAGCUGGACAAAAUACUGAAAGAAAUCCAGGAGCUUGGUCCUGAUCCACAAGAAUACAUGAACAUCAUCAGAGGUUUAUCUGAAUUACCCUCUCAUAUGGAAGAUGUUCAACAGAAACACAAGGAGACUCUGCGACAGCUUUACCCGGAAUAA